AAUUGGUAAAGGCGGGAAUAGGUAUCGAUACUAAAUAAACUGUUUAUAAUUUGUUCUGAAGAAAUAUACCUAUAAUAAACAUUUCUUGUGUUUGACUUUCCUCAUUGUCAAAAUGAAAAUAAGAGUGUUAAACUGGGGUAAAAUUAAAGUAACCAUCUCACCCUCGAACUAUUGGCGCUCGAAAGAAGUGAGAAAUAUCUCGGGUUAUAUGCUUUACUUUCCACCCUUAGUUAACAAUCUACUAUUAAAAAGAAACUUACAUAUACUAUGUUGUAUGAGGUAUAAAAGCUUUAAGGGCAACUAUACCGCAAAAAAUCGCGCCAACUAUCCUUUUUGACACGGAUAGACACCUUUUAAAAUUUUAACAAAACUUAGUAAAAAAUAGCGAUAUUUGGCACCUGUAUGUGCACUUGUGUAUCGAUAUUUUUUAAUAAAAUAUAAUUUAUACCACUUAAAAAAUCAUGCCAUUGUAAAAACUAGUACCUGAAAUUUUUAAGUGUUUUACGCCCUCGCCGCGGAGGUUAUCGCAAACACAUUCAUUCCUGGGCGACGGCUUCCUAUUUAAACUAUUUUUUUCAUUCCGUUAUUGGGAUGUUAGUUUUGUUUUAAAGUGAGGUACAUAUCCAACUGGAGCUUUUAUAUGGGUAUUUUCAUAUUGUCCGAUCCGAUAUCGGCUAUAGGAUCCUACAUCCGCAUUGUCGGGCCGCAGGGUGUACCUACUUGCAACGGCGCGCCUUGCCUGCUUCAGCGAUCAGCGGUGUUGAGUUGGUAAAUAUGCUAAUUUGCAUCUACAUUUGACAUUGAGUGCGUUAGAUUGCAGGAAGAAAUGUAUAAAAGAUAUCGUCACGUGUGUUUAGGCAUCAGUUGCUCAUCAGUUUCCAAUCGAACAGUCGUAAACUAAACAUUAUCAAAAAUGAAAUUGAUUGUACUCGCUGUCGCCGCCCUUGUGGCCGUCGCCCUCGCCGCGCCCGCGGAGCAGGAGCCGCCCAAAAUUCUGCGUUCGGACUUUGAGGUUCAGCCUGACGGUGGAUAUGCUUACGCUUAUGAAACCGAAGAUGGCAUUAAAAAGGACGAGAACGGUGAGCUUAAAACCGUGAACGACGAGGAGAACAAACCCCACGAAGUUGUAGUGGUGCGCGGCUCGUACAGCUACACCGACGCAGAAGGCAAACCCCACACCGUCACCUACUACGCCGACGAGACCGGCUUCCAUGCCGAGAGCGAAGACAUCCCCAAGGCACCAGCUCAGCCCUAAGCUUUAGACGUAGACAUCCAAACCCUAGUUACCUUGAGCCAGUUCUGAUUUUAAUGUCUUGUUCUGAAACUGUUAUGGAUUUAAUCUGUCAGUUAUCAAAACUCACAGUUUAAUCCAAAUCUAAUACAAUUUCAGAACAAAAAACUAAAAUCCGAAUCGGGCUCCUAUUUUGUUAAGAAAUAACAUCGUAGGGACGCGAGCGCGGCAUCUGCUCCGCGUUUUUCCAGUUGCUCUGUUAUUUUGAUGUUCACUGCCAUGUUUUUUUUUACGUUUAUACUAUUUUUGUUGUAAUGUACAGCAAAUAAAAUUGUUUACGAAAAAUCGAAAUAUAUUUAAUUUUAACGACGUCUAACCCUAAUGUUUACUGACUAAACGACUCUAGAUAGUAUAUAAAUAGAUUCAGACAUAAAUAUAUUUUGUAACAUUUUGAAUAGUAGAAUUCAAUGAAUUUUGGCUUGUUGUUGUAUGUGCUACAACCAGUCUAAUUAUAUGCUUUAACGUUUAAAUAUGUGACCGCGGCCGUCAAAACGUCCUACUUUGUCGCUUGCCAUAAGGACGCCUUGUCAGGAUAUUCGUAUAAUGAUACAAGAAAAUCUCGUCUUUAUCGCCUUAAUUGUGCCUAAUGAGACGAGUCACUGGCAGCUUUGGUGGAUAAAUUAAUAUUUAGCAAAGAUAAUUUUCACAUUAUAAAGGGCUAAAAUGGUCGAACUUCAAACAGACUAUAAGUAU